AUGAGGGCCUCAAACUACGAUUAUAUCGUGGAUAAUUCGCCCAUUUUUGUUACAACGUAUCAGCGCACUAAACUGAACUUUCAGAUUGAUGUCAUUGCAAAUGAGAAGAACUGUGACUGUACUGAGAGUUUUCUUCCUUUCACAUUUCUAUUGACAGUUCCGGUUGUUUCGACAAACUACUCCAAGGUUGCCAUAGAAUGCCACAGUUGUACAGGACCAGUAUGUAAAGAACCAUUCAAUCCACUUCAGGUUGACGAUAGAAACGGUUCAUCUCCCGGCGAAUGGUGUAAGAAGCACACAAUCAAAAGUGAUGGAAAAAGUAAUAUAACUAGGUCAUCACCAUUUGCUGUUGUAAUACUGACUUUUGCAGCCAGUCAUCACAUUCAACUUCAAUGA